UUUUUUUUUCUUCUUUUGCUUGUGCAUAUGUUGAUCUCUCUUUGUUUGUCUCAAUUCUCGUUUUUGUUGCCGUUCUAGAUGUUGCAUUCUGCUCUUGUUAAGUGGCCUUGUGUUUUGUUUCUCAGUUGGUUUUUGAUUUUUGAAGUUCUAAACUUUUUGGGGUUCUGUUCAGUUUUUUUCUUUUUCUUUCUGGGUUCUUAGGGAAAGAAAUUGGAUGUUUUGUUUGGGGUGAAGAGUUGGUGAAGUGUCCUCGUUCUGAGUUUUUCUGGUUGUUUUUUUUUUUUUUGGUGGAUUGUUUAAAUAUUGUUGUGUUUAUUUAAAAUUUCAGGAAUCUAAUCGGUUUUCCACAAAUAAUUAAUGAAAAUUUUGAUUUGUUUAAGAUGUAAACUUUAAAAAAGUUCGUCCCUCAUUUUAAACUAUAGUUUUUGUGAUACUUACUUGGCAUUGUUAGUUUGAGUUUGGUUUGCUUUGUAACUAACAUGAUCGGAUCAGGUUUUACUUAUGUUUAUUUUCUUGUUUUAUCGAAUGAUUGGUGUGUUUGUGUAAAUCUGCAUAGGUAUAUAUGGGGGUUUUUGGGCUCAAGUUUCUGAUUUAGGGUUUAAUUUAUUUUGAUUAUUCAAAUUUAGCGACAUUGUGUGAGUUUUAUGGCAAAUUAGUGCUAUUUAGUGUAGGUUGAGAUUUUUGAUGGGUUUUUUUUUCGGUUUGAGCAGGGUUUUUGAUUUGGGUGCUAAAUUGAAAUCCUGUUCGUGGAGAGGAACUAAUCAAAUUAAUUAUUACAUACGUCAGAUUGUGCACUUACAUUUGUGUAAGUUGAAGUAAGUUUUUUAUUUUCAAUCGAAGGGGCAAAUUUAGAGUUUUAGAGUAGGAAUUGUUGGCUACUGUGGAAAACAAGAGGGAAAAGGGUGGAUUGUGAUGAGUACGAAAAUAUCAUGGGCUGACAUGGCUGCCAACUCUGCAGCCGAGAAUGUAACUUCUGGUAGCAAUAGUGCUGUUGGUACCUCUUCAGCUCCUGCCCGCACUACAUAUGUUCCUCCUCACCUUCGAAACCGUCAAGCCUCAUCUGAUCGAUCAGCGUCAUCGGAUUCUACUGCCCAAGCAUACAUUGGGCCUGUGACAACUAAUGAUCGAUCUGGAUACGGUGGUGGAUCCCGAUGGGGUGGUCCCAGAAAUGACUAUAGUCGUUCUGGCUAUGGUGGUGGACGAGCUGGUGGGUGGGGUGGCAGAAGUGGUGGGUGGGACCGUGGGAGAGAGCGGGAAGUUAAUCCCUUUGGAGAUGAUGAUGAUUCACAGCAGGCUUUUAAUGAGCAAGAGAACACUGGUAUUAAUUUUGAUGCAUAUGAAGAUAUUCCAGUGGAAACAAGUGGUGAUAAUGUACCUCCCCCGGUGAAUACCUUUGCUGAGGUUGACUUAGGUGAGGCGCUUAAUCAGAACAUCCGAAGGUGCAAGUAUGUGAAGCCAACACCUGUGCAACGUUAUGCCAUACCAAUCUCCCUGGCAGGUCGAGACUUGAUGGCAUGUGCCCAGACUGGUUCUGGCAAGACUGCUGCCUUCUGCUUUCCUAUUAUCAGUGGAAUUAUGAAGGGACAGCCACCACAGAGGCCACUUCGUGGUGCACGAACUGUUUAUCCACUUGCUCUCAUUCUUUCUCCUACUAGGGAGCUUUCAAUGCAAAUACAUGAUGAAGCUAAGAAGUUCUCAUAUCAAACAGGGGUUAAGGUAGUUGUUGCAUAUGGAGGAGCACCAAUUAACCAGCAGUUGCGGGAGCUGGAAAGAGGUGUUGAUAUUCUUGUGGCUACACCUGGAAGGUUGGUUGAUUUGCUGGAGAGGGCUAGAGUUUCUCUGCAACUGAUCAAGUAUCUUGCUCUAGAUGAGGCAGAUCGAAUGUUAGAUAUGGGUUUUGAGCCACAGAUAAGAAAGAUUGUUGAACAAAUGGAUAUGCCUCCACCACGUGUAAGACAGACAAUGCUUUUCAGUGCCACCUUUCCUAACGAAAUACAGAGACUAGCCUCUGAUUUCCUUACAAAUUACAUCUUUUUGGCUGUUGGACGAGUGGGUUCAAGUACUGAUUUGAUUGUCCAAAGAGUUGAAUUUGUUCACGAGUCUGACAAAAGAAGUCAUCUUAUGGACCUUCUUCACGCACAGAGGGAAAAUGGUGUUCAUGGAAAGGCUCUUACUUUAGUUUUUGUGGAGACGAAAAAGGGAGCUGAUGCUUUGGAAAAUUGGUUGUACAUUAAUGGCUUCCCUGCAACUAGCAUCCAUGGUGAUAGAUCACAACAGGAAAGAGAAAUGGCAUUGAGAUCAUUUAAAAGUGGAAACACUCCAAUUUUGGUAGCAACUGACGUAGCAGCGCGUGGUCUUGAUAUCCCCCAUGUCACUCAUGUGGUCAACUUUGAUCUCCCAAAUGAUAUUGAUGAUUACGUCCACCGUAUUGGAAGAACAGGUCGAGCCGGGAAAUCAGGUUUAGCUACUGCCUUCUUCAAUGAAAAUAAUGCUUCAUUGGCAAAGGCAUUAGCUGAUCUAAUGCAAGAAUCCAAUCAAGAAGUACCUGCUUGGUUAUCCCGGUAUGCGGCAGCUCGUUUUUUUGCCGGGCGGAAUCGUCGUUUUGGGGGAGGUCGGUUUGGUGGCCGUGACUUCCGAAGGGAUGGCUCUUCUGGUAGAGGUGGUUCUGAUUACUACAGUGGAGCUGGUGGUGGCAGUGCUGGUGGAUAUGGUGGUUCUGCUGGGUAUGGUGGUGGAGGAUAUGGUCCAGGUGUGUCCAGCGCAUGGGAUUGACAGUAAUCCUACAUUAUAGUACUUGGUGUUUAGUUGGUGCAGACAAUCUCUUAUCAGGUCUAUUUCUUUUUAGUUUUGUUUUUUCGUUAGAGUUAUAACCAACCUGUUCUAUACUAUUAGAAGUGUUUAUCACAGCUGUGAGGGAGCGGGAUGUAAGUUUGGGUUUGCUGUUGCAGGAGUAGAUUUGUGUGUCAUGUUGGUAGUUUUCCGGUUUCUAACAGAGUAGGUAUUAUUUCACGCCCUUCUUCUUCAGUCCUCUUUCCUUUUUGCGGGCAAUUUAAUUAGAUGAUGUUGGGUUGUAGAAUAUGUGGUGGGAGAGGGAGAGGUUUCAUUUAACUUUGUUCGGCCACUUUCUUUUUACUUCUCAUAGGCAUGUUCAUUUCAACCCAGUUUGUGAAGGUAAAUUGUUGAGGCUUUCUGGCCUUGCUAUUUUCUCCAGCUCUUCUUUCUUUAUGGAAGAGUUUAGAAAGCUUUGUAAUAUUUUGGUGGUGACGGACUGAAUAAAUACAAAUCUUUUGAGACAUUGAACAUUUCAAGUUUA